ACGACCAAACGAGCUCCGGUCGGGAUGAAAUUUUAGUAUGUUGUUCCUGAGAUCCUCUUCUUCAUAUCCAACGGUGGGAUUGUUGUUUUGACCUCUAGAUGUCGGUAAAAUCGCCUCUGUUUACUGCUGCGUUUUUAUUGGGGUUUUCUCACUUUUGAGUGAAGAUUAUUGUUGUUUGGUGUUCCAAGUUAUUACUUGAUGAUUGUGUGUACCUCUAAUUGAUUUAGAGAGGAUUCUUGGUGUACCCACUGAUUUUCUUGGUGAUUAGUGGAAGGCUUCGUGGUUUUCUCCCCGAUUUGGGGUUUCCACGUUAAAUCUUGGUGUUCGUUUAUCGCUUGAUUGAUUGCUUGUUGUUGUGUUUGCUAUUCUUGAUUGAUGAUGAAUUGCAGGCGUUGUUGCUCCUCAGCUCGUUGCCAGAAAGCUGGGAGACCUUGGUUGUAUCACUUAGCAACUCUGCUCCAGAGGGUAAGCUCACAAUGGAUGUUGUGAAGUCGAGUCUGCUGAAUGAAGAAGCUAGGAGAAGAGAUCUGAGUUCCUCCAGCUAUUCAGAUCAGGCUCAUGUUGCUGAGGUAGAGAGUCGUGGAAGACACAGACAUAGAGAGUUUGAAUCCAGGGGGAGAUCUAAAUCAAGAAGCGAAGUAAAAUGCUUCUAUUGUGAUAAACCGGGCCAUAAGAUAUCUCAGUGCAGAAAGAUGAAGCGAGAUAAAGCCCAGCAGAAAGAGGAAAAAGGUCAGACCUCUGAGAAGAAAGAGGAGAAAGACACAGCAGCCUUUGCAGAUGCGGAUGAUUUAUUUUUCGUGUGUGAUGACACUAACUUUGAUGUUGCUUUUCAGGAUUGUACUUGGAUCAUUGAUUCAGGUGCCUCAUGUCAUCUCACACCUCAUCGGGAGUUCUUCUCAUCUUACACUAGCGGUGACUUUGGCUAUGUCAAGAUGGGGAAGGGUGACAAAUCAUCUAAGAUUGUUGGGAUGGGCACUGUUUGUUUGAAGACCAACACUGGUUGCAGGUUGACCCUCAGAGAUGUGAGACAUGUUCCAGAGUUUUAGUUCAACCUCAUUUCAGCUGGAGGACUUGAUGGAGAUGGUUAUGUUAGCCGCCUUGGUGAAGGAAAGUGGAAGCUCACCAAAGGUUCUUUGAUCGUGGCCCGAGGUAAGAAAGAGAACAGGCUUUACGUGAUGCAAGCAAAGAUGUGUAGAGGAGAUCAGAACACUGCGCCCUCCACGGAUUUAUCGCACGAGAGGCUUGGUCACAUGCUUGAGAGUUGUCAGAAUAUCCUCCCUGAAGGUAAUAUUCCUUCUCUUUCCAUACAUUCAGAUCAUGGGGGAGAAGAAGGAGAAAAAUGUUGUGGUGAUGAUGUUACUCGUGAUGGUAAUGUACUUGAGCCACCUCAUUCCGAGCAUGGAGUUCCGCCACAGAGGGUUCCUCAAAUUGGUAUAUUUGAGAGAGUUUGCUACCGGGAAGAAGUGAUGAAGGUGCACCCAUGGUUUCAAGCCAAGCGAGAUGGAGUUAUAUCCUUGCUUGAUGGACGUGGUCAUUCCCUGGUAAAGUUGCAUGGAAGCAAGCGAGCACCCAAGAGCAAUCGGGUGUUCAAGUUGAAGAAAAGAGAGCGUUGCUCACAACCUACGCACUUGGCGCAGUUGGUUGUGAAAGGUUUGUAUGAUAUUUAUCAUCAUUAUGUUUUACCUCGCAUGUAGGAGUGAGGGGGAGAUUUGUUGGGGUAUCCCUCCUACAUGGAGGAAGGAGUUCCUAAACAAUAUACUUGGUGUUAAAAA